UUCAGUCGUUGGCCGCGCGCCACAGCAACAAGUUAAGUUUCGCACCUGGCCAGGUGAUCGCGAUAUCCGCUUGUUUUUGCUUUGGAUUUUCAACCCCCCCUUACAGUGAGUGAAUGAGUGUGCAAGGAAAAUCGUAAAGAAAAUUACACGCAUCCGACGAAAAUAACUAAUCAUCGUAAUUUCCGAAGAAAGAAAUUUUCAAGCAAAAUUCGACAAAGAAAAAAGUGGCGAAAAUGAACUUUUUUGUGAUUGGCUUUCUGAUCAUGCAGGCGGCAAGAUUGGCUUGCGGGACGUGUGUUUUAUCGUCCGAUUUUGGUUUCAUACUCGAUUGUAACUUCAAAAAGUCUGGACUGUUUCGUGUACGAAAUUUGGGUGGCCUAAAGGCCCAUUUCGGUUUAGGUUUCAGUUUGGGCGACGAACUGGGCUUUCCGGAAUCGCUGGGCAACACGGAGAGUGACCGCCGACGGGCCAUUAGCUACAAAAAUGGAGCACCACCCGACUUGGUGGGCGUGCUUCCAUCUACUCAGCAACAGGGCAAUCCACCUGUGCAACACCCAUUGCCCGAGAAACGAAUAAGUUCACGGUCCACAGGAGCAGCGCCCUUCAACCUUCAGCAGGUGCAACAGCAGCAACAACUUCAAAUUCAGCAACAGAAGCUACAGCAACAGCAGUUGCAACAGCAACUGAAACUGAAGCAACAAUUGUUGCUACUGCAGCAGCAGCAGCAGCAACAACAACAACAGCAGCUCAUGACCGAGGCUCGUCCAUUGCCACUCGGAGUUCCCGCUUUUCGACCCAUCCCCCAGAAGCAACUGGCUGCUACUCAGGCGUCGGCUCCGGCUCCCACCACGGCGGAAAGAAGGGUCGCCGUCGACACCCCGGAACCUCGGGUCAGUAUCAACAACAAGCUGAUAAGCGCCAUCGAUAAGCCACACUCGAACCGUACUUUCCACGUAGCUAAUCCUGUGGUGUCCCAACCUGUGGCUGUACCUGUUUUCCAAGCGAUGCCUCAGUCUAUCGCCAGGAUCGCCAACAUGGGUAAGGAGCAACGGACGGCAACCAAUCACCCGAAUUAUCUGCAGUUCGAGGAGCCGAAGUUUGAUCUAAAAGACGUGACCGUUGAGGAACUGGCCGCCGCUGCCAAUGUUACAGUGGACACCAUUAAGCACGCCAUUUAUGUGCGGGAGCAGCAGCUGAAGGCUGAACACAGAGCCCAACUGGCUGCAAAAUUAAGGGAGGAGUUUAUGCGUACCUCGACAGUGAGGACUACGACUACGACGACCACUACGACUACCACCACUCCGCGUCCACAAAAGUCGAUGGCCGAGCACAAGGUGUCCAAGGUUAUGAAUGCCCCCAAGGAGUACUAUCCCGUGGGCUACGACAAGAACUUCGACGACAACUUUAAAUCAAAAGUGGACCUUCCUCCCACUAGUUUCUCUUGCGCAAAGCAAAAACACUUUCCGGGUCUCUACGCCGACACCGAUCUAGGUUGCAUGGUCUUCCACGUGUGCGCCCUCACCGACGACGGCAUGGUGCGUAAGUCGUUCCUCUGCCCGGAGAACACCCUCUUCGACCAGACGAUUCUCAAGUGCAACUGGUGGUUCUAUGUGGACUGUAGCUCUAGCACCAGCGUCUACGAUUCUAACAUUCCAAUAUCGAAGAGCUAUCAACUGAUGAAAUCGCUCACCUACUUCUCGAAGUUUGCCGGCGGCCAGCGACAGGAGCAGGACGGUGAUAAGGACGAGAACGCCUUGGACAUCGAUUCGCUGAGAGAGUCAAUGGAGGGGGUGGCCCGGCGGCAGGAGCAGGCUAAGAAGGCGGAGCUGCGGGAGGAAGAGCAACGCAGCCUGCCUAAGGAGGACCACGAACAUGUGGUGCCUGCUGAGGCAGAGCAGCAGCUGUCCAACUAGGCUUCACUAGGCCCAACCCAACGCUAUCUGAGAUCUAGGUUAAGUGUUCACGAUCGAGCGUCUCUGGUCGGUUAGCCGUACGUAGUUAAAUCCCUUGCUCAAGUCAACGGUUUCUAUAGUCUCAUUACUUAUUUCGCAGAGAUAGAUUAUCCUCAUAUUUGGUCAACGAUUCGAAUUUUAUUCAGAUACAAUGAGCGCAUAUUUAAGACGCUUAAAAAUUAUUUUGUAAAUUAUCAAAAUAAUUUUCUUCAUAUCUGCAUGUUCAAAGUAGAAAGUUGAUAUUACGUGAUAUGGCUAAGAUUAUUUUGACAAAAAAUAAUGUCCACUUGGGAAUUGCUAUUGUUAUGGUUAUUUUCUCUGUUUAGUAUCAUCACUUCCUGUGGCAGCUCAUAUACUGCCGAGCGCCCCGUAGAUAUAGUCCUUUUCUAGCCCCAUAGGUGGAUAAUCUCUAGUUAAGUCCCAUUACCAAGUACAAAGAGGUCUUGGGCGGUUAAUUAUAAAACUUUUUAUUACUAUUUAUUUAUUGUACAAGUAUUUUCCAACAAUUAAACAUCGUUUGUUAACUAAUAAUUUUAUUUGAUAAUAAUUGAACAAUUGACUUGGAUUAAUUGUAAUGUGUAA